CUUGGCUGCUCCUCCAAAGGACACAAUGGGCUUUUCUCAGUGAGCACCCGUCGGUGUGUGUGAGAUGAAGACAGAUGUUGUGCUGGAGGACCCAGAUGUGGAGCAAACCGCUGGACCCGUGCUCCGGAUAACAGUGGCCGCCCCCGCAGGACCAUGGGAGUGAGGGAGCUGCUGCUCGGGCUGAUGUGGUUCCGCUCCGCUCUGCUCUGUGCAGCAGGCUGCAGUGAGCAGGUGGAGGUCCACACGGAGCGGAGGGGUGUGAUCUACAGCCCCUCGUGGCCUUUAAACUACCCCGCUGGAGUCAACUGCAGCUGGCAUAUCCAGGGAGGUCAGGGAGAGGUCAUCACCAUCAGUUUCCGUAACUUUGACUUGGCGGAGUCUGGAAGUUGUUCUCGAGACUGGCUCAUGUUGACUCCUAUGUGGAAUGGGGAAUCCAGGCUAUGUGGCUCCAUGCUACCUCCACCUGUCAUUUCCACCAGGGGGCGUGUGUGGCUCUACUUCCACUCUCAGGCCAACAGCUCUGGGCAAGCUCAGGGCUUCCGUCUCUCCUACAUCCGAGGUCACCUGGGUCAGAGCAGCUGUCAGCCAGAUGAAUUCCUCUGCGGGAACGGGAAGUGUCUUCCUCGCUCCUGGAAGUGCAACGGUCAGGAUGAAUGCGGCGAUGCCACCGAUGAACGCAGCUGCUCCCCUCCCCCCACUGAAGCCCAGCCUGGCCUCUGCCCCUUUGGCUCCCUACCGUGCACCGAGGUCCAGUCCACCCGGUGCCUGCCUGCCACCCUGCGCUGCAAUGGAGCCCGGGACUGCCCUGACGGAACUGAUGAAGUGGGUUGCCCCGACACCACCUGCGGCAAACGUCUGGGGAACUUCUAUGGCUCCUUUGCCUCUCCAGAUUUUUUCCGGCCUAAUCGCAGCGCUGCGACACAGCUGAGAUGCUCCUGGCUGCUGGACACCCAGGACCCCAAACCCAUCGUGCUGCAGCUGGACCUGCAGCUCGGGCCCAGAGAUUCACUGCAUGUCUACGACGGCCUGCUGCAGCAGGCGGAGCAUCUUUUACAGGUGUUGUCGUACCAUAACAACAGGCGCCUGGCGCUGCUGGAGUCGAGCCGGGGUCAGAUGAGUGUGCUGUACAUGGCCCAGCCUCACAGCCCUGGACACGGCUUCAACGCCACUUACCAGGUCAAAGGUUACUGUUUUCCUGGUGAGCAUCCCUGCGGCAGCGAUCAGGGCUGCUACUCUGAACGCCAGCGCUGCGAUGGCUACUGGCACUGCCCGUCAGGCCGCGACGAGGAGGCCUGCCCAACGUGCCCAGAUGGGGAGUUUCCCUGUGAGGGCGGCACCGGAGUGUGCUACCCAGCCUCGGAGCGUUGCAACAACCAGAAGAGGUGUCCGGAUGGGUCGGAUGAGAAGAACUGCUACGACUGCCAGCCCGGAAACUUCCACUGUGGGACUAACCUUUGUAUCUUUGAGACGUGGCGGUGUGACGGCCAGGAGGACUGCUUAGACGGGAGCGACGAGAGGGACUGCCUGGCUGCAGUACCCAGGAAAGUCAUCACUGCCGCUCUGAUCGGGAGCCUUGUGUGUAGCCUGCUGCUGGUCAUUGCCCUCGGCUGUGCCCUCAAACUCCACUCACUCAGGAGCAGAGAGUACAGAGCUUUUGAGACUCAGAUGACUCGCAUGGAGGCCGAGUUUGUUCAGAGAGAAGCCCCUCCCUCUUAUGGUCAGCUGAUUGCCCAGGGUCUCAUCCCUCCUGUGGAGGACUUCCCAGUAUAUAACCCCACCCAGGCCUCCAUGUUACAGAACCUACGUUUGGCGAUGCGCAGACAGAUCAGACGUCAUUCAUCACGGCGCUCCACCUCCUCCUCUGCCUCCUCUCAACGACGAUUCACACAUCUGUGGAGUCGCCUGUUUCACAGUGGAGGGAGAUCCCGAGGCCAAGCCCUACUGCUAGAUCCCCCUGGACCCACACAGAUCAUACUGGGACUCCACAGCUACAGAACUGUGGUGGAGCAGGGGCCUCAGGCCAGGGACCAGCUCGGGGAUGAGGUUGAUAUGGUGGGUAUGUCAGGCUCCACCUGCUCAGCGUCCAUGGACCUGCAUCCCUACUCACCAGAGAGCCCUGCCUCACCUCUCUCCUCUCAGUCAGCCGACAGUCCAGAGGACGAGGAGCCCUCACCUGUCAGCACGGAAGGAGCCUUGACUCCACAGUGGGAGCCUCAGAGUGACUCUUCACCCGCCAGCAGACAUCAUCCCUCGCCACAGGAAGCCUCUGUGCCCCUGUGCCACCCCAGGGCUUCUAGGAAACUUGUUCUGGAGCUCGCAGUUAAUCUUAAAGGAGUUUCCUUGAGACGUUACUCCCCUUUAGGGCCCUUGUCCCCCAUCUCACCCCCUGUGUUUCCCAGCAGCUCCCAGACACCAACAUCCCAAUCUCAUCCACUGGGUACAGAUGCGACUUCACCCACUGGGCCCUUGUCCUCUUCCGUGAAACCAGAGGACAGUGACAGCCACUUUACAGUGGAAGUGUCGAUCGGGGACAAACGAAGCAAGGACGAGAGGAGGGAGUGCAAGAGCAGCCUCUGCAGUUUUGGCAGGACCCUUAGUGAUGAGGGAGGAGACUCAGGGAGGAAGACAACGCCAUCUUGAAAGUUUAGUUUACUCUCCACCUGGUGUUGAUAAUAUCUGUUCUGCUAAAGUGUCCUUCAAAUGUUUCCCCGCCAGAUCCAGAGGUCAGACUCAUACCUUAGCCUGACACAUGGUGGCAGUAUAGCAUCACACCCAAUGAAAAUUAACCAACUCAUAUCCAUUAUACCCUUAAAAUGCUUCAAAAUGGACAUAGCAAAAAAUAAUUACCCACAUGCAGCCUCUCCUAAGAUUUAAGAAACGCUUACAGUCUGUGCUGUUGAUGUCAUUGGGCAGGCAACUGCAUUCAGACCUCCCUGUUUAACCCAACUUACUGUUAUUGAAAAUUACACUUAGAUUUGGACACCAGUACCAAUACAAUAUUGAUUACAUGUUCAUCAAAGCAGCCUUUGUGUUGUUUCCCAGAGCCAUUUUACGCCGCUAUAUACUGUGAACUAAAAAGGCUAUUGAGCGAUUGCCUCUACCCUGUCUUAUAUUCAAUUUAUUAUGAGGUGGUGUUAUAAUUAUCAUUAUUUGACAUUUCACAUUGAAGGAUGAAGCUGGCAUUAUUUUACAUUUUUGAUAUUGUCAACAAACUGUGUGAAAAUGCCCAAACUAAUGAUGCAUUUGUCCGUCUGUCAAUACUUUUUCAAUUCCCCUGCCUGUGAGUGUACUUUAAUGUGUACAUUUUUUAAUGAGGCUGAAUAACUUUCUAGAAUACCAUGCUGGUAAAGUUUUGGUGUACCAUAACCCAAACAGGAGUAAAUAGUGAA